GGUGGCGGAUCGUCAGUGACUGCCGUCAUCCGACAACACCAUGUCCUCCAAGGCGUUCACCGUCGCGCUCGUGCUGGGGCUGGCCGCCCUGGCCGCCGCCAACUACUGCAGCGUGUGCUCCGACCACACCAUGUGCAAAUUCAAGACCACCGCGGCGGGCAGAGCCUGCAAGAACUACAAGUGGACCGCGCUCACCGCCGCCAACAAGGCCGCCGCCGUCAAGGCCCACAACGACCUCAGGAACAAGGUCGCCCUGGGACAGGAGAAGCGCGGCCCCAAGCCCCAGCCCUCCGCCUCCAACAUGAGGAAGAUGGUCUGGAACGAGGAGCUGGCCACCAUCGCCCAGCGGUGGGCCAACCAGUGCACCUUCGCGCACGACACCUGCAGGACCACCCUGGACAAGACCUACUCCGGCCAGAACAUCUACUGGGAGGCCACCACCGGCUCCCUGGGCUCCCCCAACUGGGCCAAGGCCGUGCAGGACUGGUACGACGAGGUCGACGACCGCGACGGCACCCUCAACACCGUGGCCUUCAGGUCCACCUCCGGCCCCGUGGUCGGCCACUACACCCAGGUGGUGUGGGCCAACUCCUGGCAAGUGGGCUGCGGCUACGCCGACUACACCACCGUGCAGAGCGGCCGCUCCUGGAACGCGCGCAUCGUGGUCUGCAACUACAAGCCCGGCGGCAACUUCAUCGGCCAGAAGAUGUACGAGGCCGGCACCCCCGCCUCCAAGUGCCCCUCCGGCACCAAGAAGGACUCCACCUACGCCGGCCUGUGCGCCUAGACGGCAUCUUUCCGCCAACGAAUGUAUUACGACUGAUUUCUACGUGCCAUUAUCCAUUUUCGUUCGGUUUUCUAUUCUCAAAAACAAAGCCAAAAUAAAACGCGAUUCUCAGCAUUUUGUAGUAGCA